GCUACGUCCAUAGUAUAUAUAUAAACUCAUACUACAUAUAUUUUAAAGCUGAUUUUGUUACAAUUUGCUGUAAUCGAAUAUAGAGGUGAAUUUAAUUGUCAUAAACGUCUUCUAAGUUAAAAUAGUUAAGAAAAUAAUAUCUAAAGCAAUUUGCUAAAAUGAGUGAUAAACAGGAUUCCAUUUCGCCAUAUGAAAAUAAAAAUAUGGUCGAAGAUAAAACAAAUAAAGAUGGUGAUGUGGAUAUGGACGAAGAUUUAUCAGCACGAAUGACAGCCUCCUACAGUGAGAUAUCGUUUCACUCUGAUAAUGGACAAAGUAAUGGAGAGCUAAGCCGAGAAGCUGGACCAUCUAGGCCUUACGAUCUACCUUCAGAAAAUCGAAAGCAGGAAAAAAUUCCUUUGGACAUUGACGGACAUGUUCGUUAUGAAGGAGAUAUGACACAUUAUGUUGCUGAUGAUUUAGAAUUUCAAAUUAAACUUUCAAGUCCAAUUGCCAAGAGAGGAGAAACUCCAAUAUUUGGUAGUUCUAGUGCUUCACGAUCUAGUACACCAUCAGGCAAACUCUACCGACAAAUAUUGGCUCCACAAAUUGGGCAGAUAGAUAUAACAGUUUUAAAUGAUCUUGAAUAUGAAGCUCAGAAAAUAGCACAAUCUGUUGAUAAUUUAAUUGAAAAUCUAUCUAGCAUUUUACAUUCCAAUUCUUCCCUCACAGCAGAAAAUAUGGAAGUUUACCGAGAUGCAGUUGGUAAAACAUGUGAUGCUAUGGAUAAUAAUAUAAAAAGUAUGUAUACAAUCCUGGCAAAAGGGGAAGAGGUAUCACAGGCUAUGGUUCCAGUUCAAGCUCAAGCAGCAAGAAUAACUGAAAUCAAAAGGCUAUUGCAGAUAUUUGAAAGCUAUUUCUGAUGCUUUUAAAAUUUAUUGAGACUUAUGGAAUGCUGUAAAUAUUUUUUAUCAAUCAUGCACUUGAUUGAUGUCAGGCCUAGCUAAACUGUAUAGGUA